AUGACCUUAAGGCUCCUCCAUGAGGUAGAAGCAUGGACUGAGGUUGGCCAGCAAUUUGGAGAGAGUGUCACAGAGUCUGACCAGUCCUUUAUGAACGCAGAGUCUGAUGGAAUUCUGGGCCUGGGAUACCCCUGCUUGGCCGCUGAAGGGGUGACCCCGGUGUUCGACAUGACGACCCAGAAGCUAGUGGAUCUACCCGUGUUUUCUGUGUACGUGAGCAGGGAAGGCCUGUCAAGCCCACCAGGCUGAGUGACACAGAAGGCUGAUGCAGGGAAAGAGCUGAUUUUCGGCAGCUAUGACAAUUCCCAUCUCUCUGGGAACCUAAAUUGGGUCCCAGUCACCUAGCAAGGCUACUGGCAGAUUGCAAAUCCAGAUGGGAGGCACUGUGAUGUUCUGCUCCGAGGGCUGCUAGGCCAUGGUGGACACAGGGACCUCCAUCAUGACAGGCCCCUCGGACAUGUGUCAACAUCGGCAUCUUGCCGGAUGUCACCUUCACCAUCAGUGGAGUCCCCUACACCCUCCAACCAACUGCCUACUCCCUGCUGCUCUGAAGGCAUUCCCUCUGGGAGGGGCACAGCUGCCGAUGGUAGGAACACCACUGGAAAUUCAUGGUUAGAAUGAAGUUUUGAAUCAGUGGCUUUUGAGGUUCUGACAUCCAACCUCCAGCUUGGUUCUUCUGACCAGGCAAUGUCUUCAUUAGAUAGUUUUACUCUGUCUCUGACCAUGGGAAUAACUGUGCCGUGGGGCUGGCCCCAGCGGUCCCCCAAGCGAGGGCCUUGCGUCUAUGCCUGCCCCCAUGGAAAUUCAGCUGGCCCUGUUAACUACCCUGAUGUGCUGGUCUGGUACCUGCGGGACCGGGAGCCUGAGGAGCGGAGGCUGGAGUACGAAAGGCCAGAGUCCCUGUAA